AUGUCCUUAUUUAUUACAACACUUUUACUUCUAUUUGAUUUUUCUUAUGGUUAUUUGACAUCUUCACGACUCUCCAAAUUACGUUUAAAUUCAAAAUUAAACACAAAAGCAAACAAUUUUGACUUUGUAACAAUAAAGUGCCAUGGUGUAGUAGUCACUAUUACACCACAAUUAAGGCAUUUAUAUCCGGACUGUACUGACUAUAUCCAACCAAUUAAUAACAAUAACACUUAUUAUGGUAUUCAAUGUAAAUGUUACACCGAGUACAUCAUUUCUGAUGACAUUGGAUUAUAUGAGAAUUGCACGAAUCAUGGUAUUAUGAAUUUUAAACACACACAAAACUUCGAGAUGCAACUUCUUUCUUCGAUUCAAAGGAGUGAUGUUGUCAUCCAAAAUUGUGAAGGUAAGCAGCUCUCAGUGUCAAAUUGCGUUUUUGAUGAAAUGGAAAUUGGCACUGCUAACAUUAUAUCACUUAAUUUGUAUAUCACAACAUUGGUUCACUUCAAUGCGUUAAAUACAAGUUUUGUGGAUGCCAAUUUAAACUAUCUGAAUAUGCAAAACGCUGUAUUUGGCGACGUUUAUAUGACUGGAAUAUACUUACAAAAUUCGCUUGUGUCAAAGACUUCUUUUGAUAAAUGCACAAUCGGCACACAAAAAUCCAAUAUAUUUGAAGAUGUAGUUUUCUCGUCUUGUAGUUUUUCAAAAACAAAAUUUGAAUUGUUAAAAUCGAAAAAUAUGAUUUUGGAAGGUGGAAUUCUUAGAGACGUGACUUUCUUAAAUUCUGAAUUUGUUGGAUUUGAAGCAAAAAAACCAACACUUGAAAAUGUGAACUUCGACAAUUUGAUAUUCACAAAUUGCAAUAUUAAUGUGAAAGUGGGGAAAGACGUCACAUUUUCCAAUUCAAAAUUUAACAACGUGACUUUUAUAAUAGAAGGAAUAGACGAAAAAUUUGAAAUCAAAUUCAUUAACGUCUUAUUUGAAAAUUCAGUAAUGAAUAAAGAUGUGUUGGAUAAUAAAAGUGGCAAUUUUGUGUUUGAAAAUUCAGAAGAAAAAAAUGGAGACAAACACAAGAAAACAAUCAUCGGCGCCAUCAUCUUUGUGUGCAUCGCUGUCGUGUUUGUGGUUGUGGUCUUAGUUGUGGUUAGUAUUUUUAUGGGACUUUAUUUCUAUGGAAAAAAGAAGCCAGAAGAUAAGGGGUAUUCAAAAGCAGAUAAUUAA